AGAAUAAGAAAAGCCAGACAAUGUAGAGACACGGCAUCCAGACACCAUUAACUCAGCAGUCUUAAUUCUUAAUCUUAAUUCUUCUGCAGGACUCCAAGUUUGUCAUCCAGGUUUUUAAUUUUCAAUUAAGUGUUAUUUUUUCCUCCAUCAUAACAGGCUGAAAAAAUGACUUUGGAAGCGCACUGCGAGAACUUAUGUUUGUUUCUGAAGAAGUUUUGGCUCCAAACGCUUUGUUUUUUCACGCACUCUUGCUGAUAACCUCUUAGGAUAACCUGAGUCUUUUUAUUUAUUGAUUUAUUUUUCCUGGAGUAUCAUCCAUUUUUGUUUGGACUGCUUUAAACUGCAUUCAGCAAUGCUGACUGAGCUGAACUUCGGAGGUAUGUCUGUGGGGUCAGAUGUCUGCGAUCUGACCCUCUUACCACCAGCACCCCCUGUGCCAUCCCUACCAGGAGCUGGAGGGAUACCUGUUGGCGGCGGCCAAUGGACCCAGCUGCUUGACCUUCACCCUGGCUCUCCCUACAGCACCCUGAACUCCCACCACUCCCUGAUAAAGCAGGAGCCCAGCUGGGGGGCCGCUGACCUAAAUGAGGACCCGCACUGUGGACACGGGGCCUUUACCGUUCACUUCUCCGGCCAGUUCACAGGCUCGGGCCCUUGUCGGGUCGGCACCUUUGGGGAGACACCCGCGAGUCAAAGGAUGUUUCCCACUGGGGCCUACCUGCCCGGCUGUGUGGACAGCCCACCUCCGACCAGGAAUCAGGGUUAUGGAGCAGUCGGUUUAGACAGCAACCCCAGUUACGGUCACACACCCUCCCAUCACACUCCCCAGCUCUCCAGCCUGUCCUUCAAACACGAGGACACGCUGUCACCGCCGAACAGUAUAGUUGACCAGCAGUAUUCCACACCAAAUCCCAUGUUUGGCUGCCACAGUCCUCCAGAAUCCUGUCCAAGCAAUCAAGCUCUUCUGCUGAGAAACUACAACAGUGAUAACCUGUACCAAAUGGCAUCUCAGCUGGAAUGCGUCACAUGGAACCAAAUGAACUCACUGACAUCAACAAUGAAGGGCAGUCAUGCGAUCAGUUAUGACAGCGACCCUCCAGCUCCAGCCCCGCCCAUGCUCGUCAGCGCCCAGUACCACAUUCACGCACAUGGCGUUUUCAAAGGACUCCAGGAUGUCAGACGGGUACCUGGCAUUGCUCCUCCAGCGGCAAAGUCUGCAGAGGCCAACGAGAAGCGCCCUUUUGUGUGCACUCAUCCCGGCUGCAACAAGAGAUACUUCAAGCAGUCGCAUCUGCAGAUGCAUGGCCGAAAACAUUCAGGAGAAAGGCCUUACCGGUGUGAUUUCACGGAUUGUGGCCGCAGGUUCUCUCGCUCAGAUCAGUUAAAGAGACAUCAACGCAGACACACAGGAGUGAAGCCCUUUGAGUGUGAGACCUGUCAGAGAAAGUUCUCACGGUCAGAUCACCUUAAGACUCACACUCGGACUCAUACAGGUAAAACAAGUGAGAAGCCGUUUACUUGCCGCUGGCCCAACUGUCAGAAGAAGUUUGCCCGCUCUGACGAGCUGGUGCGCCACAACAGCAUGCACCAGAGGAACCUGACCAAGCUGCAGCCUGCCAUCUGAGCAGCGAGAGGCUGGGGAGUAACAUGAAGAAGAAGGUGACAAUAUGUUGUGCCAGCUCACAGAGAAACAUGCCUGGAGCCUGGUCAGCAGUUUAGGGUGGACUGCCAGACUUGGUGAAGCGGUGAGCACAGCUGACGGCGGCAUCAGUCAGACAUCUGAUGCCAGAAGAACAGACUGACUAAAAUCAUCAGGAUACUCCUCAACCGCUGCUCGUUAAGGUUGUAUCACAUUAAAUCUCAGACCUUGAGAGGAUAGAGUGCCACACAAAUUCUGAGCCAAGAAUAUUUUUUGCUGUUUAUGGGCGAUGAGGAAAACAUUAAUACACUAUUCUAUUGUCAUGUACUUGCACUGUUUUAUUUUUGUUUGACUUUGAAAAUGUUAUGGAUUUUGCAUUAAGAUCACGAAAACGGACUUUUAUUCCCACGUUUUUGUCUACAUUUUUAUAUGCCUUAAAGUAGGUACUACUCACCAAAGUGCUUUGUAUAUAUCGUAUGUGGUGCCUUUCUGUGUAACACUCCAGACAUUCCUUAGGCAUUAUCUGUGCUGUUUCAUAAAACUGAUUUGACAUCAGUGUUCUGUGUGAAAGACUGUGUGUGAAAGACAAAGAGUACUGGGUGUUGUCAGAAUAAGAGAGGCCACCUAUGAGCAGUGUUAGUGUGCGAUGGCGGUGAAAGACAGUAAAAUGGUGCCCCUCUGUGACUCUGACAAGAUGCAGGCCUGACCCUCUUAAAUCUCUGACACACAUCUUCAUAACCAGUAACAUCUGUGGCCCAUUAAAUCUCAUUAGAGAACAUGGAGGUAUGGUUCAGGUCUACUAGACUUAAGCUACACUCCCCAUCUACACAAGACAAUCAUCAUAAUCAGGACAGGUCCAUCUCAAUAAAUUAUAUUAUUGAACAGUCAAUUUAUUUCAGGAAUUCAAUUCAAAAUCAGAAACUCAUAUAUAUUGAUUACACACAUAAUAAUGUUAGGUGCUUAUUUCUUUCAGUGUUAAGAUUUUGGCUACCAGCUAAUGAAACACUUUUUUAUAGCAAAAUUUCAAUAUUACAUAAAACCAAAUAAAACACAUACAGAAAAUAGAAUGAAAGACUGUUGCUAUAGAAGGUAGCUGUUCAGACAGUUCCCUAUCCAAGUAUAUCAAUGGAAAGUUAAGUGGAAGGAAAGAGUGCGCUAGAAAACAGCAACAUUGAAUUGAGUGUAAAUCAAAGUCCAGUAAAGGGCUGUCCAUGCAAUUUGAGGUAAGGACAGGGGCUACAAUAGACAUGUUCCUUGUGCUAAACCUCUUCUAAACUCAAGUUACUUUGGCACAGAACAAUUGCCUUCCUGCGAUGCCACAUUGAUGUGCUAUUUAGGCGAGGGAGCCCCAACCAAGUACUGAGUACAUGUACUAUAGAGUACAUAGAUACACUUGUCAGUACGCUGCUGAAAUUUCUAUCAUAAAAAGCUUAUAAUUGGUCUUUUUAAAUAGAAUUUUCUGAAAUUGAUUUUGGGGUUUCAUCAGCUGCAGGCCAUAAUGACCAAACUUACCAGGAAUAAAAACUUAAAAUAUAUCAUGAUGUUUGUACAAAGUCAAUGAAAUGUUGACAGGCUUUUCUAUUUUGAAUAAAAAUACUAACAAAAUAAACUUUUAGAUGAUAUUCUAACUUUUUGACAAAAUAAAUUUGUCAAAACUG